AUGCUCCCGACCCCCGGUCACUGGCCGGAGCACGCAAUGACGGCUUCUGACUCAGAAGACAAGGCGCCCCGAUCGCAAGGCUGCCAGCUUCAAAGGCACAACCUGCACAGAACUAGGCUGGCGGCGCUGAACCACACGGACCCAGCCAGCUCUUGCUGGCCUCGGGACCUCCGGGCAGUGGGCUACAGGCAGAGCCCGGCCCCGCACACCCGGGGGCCCAGCCCUCGCCAGGCCACGCCUGUGCCUGACUCUCCCUGGUCGGAGGUCCUGGGCCUUGGAAGACCAACUCCUGCCCUGGCCACGCCGCGAAACCCAAGCUGA